AUGGUCCAAUCGUCCAAGGCACACGCAGAACUCGGGCAUGACCGUCUCACGCAAAACAUCGAGGUAGACGAGGAGGACCAGCAUGACUUGGACUCGGUGUCACAGGCGAGCGGAGACGCAGAAGUAGCAGACGAAGACGACGACGGAACAUCAACCAGAUCCCAGCUCGCGGUCCAGGCUGUCUACGAAAACGGACGGAGAUACUGCAACGACAGCUAUUUCAUGCCCAACGAUGACGCCGAGCAAACCCGGCUGAACAUCAUCCACCAGGUCUUUCUCAUGCUGUUGGACGGCGAACUCACCAAAGCCCCGGUUCCGCAAGGCCGUCCCUGUCGGAUUCUUGAUAUUGGCACGGGCCCUGGGGACUGGGCCGUUGAAAUGGGCGAAAAGUAUCCGGAUGCUCAGGUCAUUGCAACUGAUAUCAGCGUCUUUGACGCCGGUCCUGCCGUGCUCGGUCUCCCCAAUGUUCAUUUCCAGCUGGACGACGCCGAGGCGGCCGAAUGGUCGUAUCAGGAACCAUUUGAACUGAUCCAUUUCCGGGGCUUGUCUGGCGCGUUACGCAAUUGGGAGACCGUCUACCAGCAGUCGUUCAAAAACCUGCGGGCUGGCGGGUACAUUGAAGUGGUCGAGUCGGAGCCGGACCUCGAUGCUAUCGUUUUCCCAGAUCUGGAUCCUAAUUCGUAUUACAACAUCUUGGCCUCGGCGAUGAAAAGCGCUACCACUAUCGAUAACGCUAUAGAUGGCACCCCCCGCUGCCAUCUACAGCCCUCAUUACUGACAGCAUCUGGAUUUAUUGAUGUGCGCAACUACGAUAUUACCGUACCCCUCGGCACAUGGCCCAACAACGACCCUCGCCAAAGCACAUUGGGCAAGAUGAUGCUGAUUGCGUUCCUCGAGGGCCUCGAAGCUCACUGUCUGCGACCGCUCACGGCAACGGGUAACUGGACUGCAUCCAACGUUCGAGAUAUCUGCGAAAAGGUCAAGUUCGAGGUGGCUGCAUCAAAAGGUGCGACGGUCUCGGUCAGGUUUGUGACGGGGAGGAAGCCAAUGUCGCAUGCUCCGCAUCGGUUGAGGCAUCAGAAGAAGCUCGAGGCGCUUCUUGAUGGGAUGAAUUUGGAUUCGUCUGGACCUAGCGGUAUAUGA